AUGUCAAACGAAUCAGGGGACUCCCCUCCUUACGACUACACUGAUGACGAGGAAGACAGUAUCUAUUUUACAGAGAAUGGUCUUCCAAGACAUAUUUGUAGAUGUAAUGCCCACAAUAACCAGACCGAGACUCAUAUCCCAGAUGCUGUUUCUGGUGAUGCCAAUAUUCCUACUCAGUCUGUAUAUGUGGUUGCUAGUCCUGGGAUUCAAGUUCCUAUUCAUCCAUCAGCACCUCCUCCUUCUCAAGUUGCUCCUCCUGCAAAUACCAAUCAAAUUAUUUUCAAAGGCAGUUACUAUUAUUCCAUUCCUUUUCACUCUACAAGCGGGUCUGUAAGUGAGAUGGACAAUUAUCAACAGCCUGCUGUUUCUCCUCAAACAGCCCAGAGCGUUCAGCCUGCCUCUCAAAUUCACAUUCAAAAUGGACAAGGUUACCAGCCUCAAGUUUUAGAGCCUGCUGUUUAUGCCAAUCCUCAAACCUUUUAUCAGGUUCCACAGGUUCCACAAGUGCCUCAAGUUCAUUCUGAUCCCCGUAUUGUGCAGCCUGCCCCUGCCACUCCUAUUUCAGCUCAACAUUCCAUGGUCUAUGCCACUCAACACCAACAACCUGUAUCUCCUUUUGCCUCUGGUCAUACAACUGCCCCUGCCAUGACUUAUAUCAUGCCAUAUUACGCUUCCCAUGGCCCAGCUCCUGUCACUAUUCAGUCAGUUCCUCAUGGCCCUGCUCUCGUCACCAUUCAGCCAGCUUCUUAUGGCCCAGCUCCCGUCACUAUUCAGUCAGCUCCUCAUGGCCCUGCUCCAGUCACUAUUCAGCUAGCCCCUGUCCACACUCAACAACAAUCCCCUUCAUCUGUUCAGACAUCUCCUCCCCCAUCUGACAGCCAGCCUCCCCGCCCUGUACUAUCUAAAGGGAAGUCUGUUUUUGCAUCUAUCAUCAUCAACAGAAAUGGAGCCCGUACCGAGUCUGAAUCGUCUGUUGAACCUGAAGAGCCUUCUUCUGCCUCUAGUUCUGAAUCUCUGUCUUCUGAAUCAGCUUCUGAUUCUUCAUCUGGAUCUUCUCAACGUCGACAAAGAGCAGACAGUAGCGACGAGGACUCGGAGCCUGACGAUAAUUCCCGUCGCAAGAGACUCAGCAGAUUUCCUCCUACAUUGAAUGAAUUUAUUGGAAGGCUUCCCAAGAACUAUGGCAGUGAAUUCAACAGCAUUCUUUCUGCUCCUACCCGUAUUUCUGCCCCUACCAGUACUUACAGGCCUGCGACUCAAACUGCUAAAGAGAAAUUCGUAACUAUUGUUUACAAAACCGAGGAUGGACUGGAAAUUCAUCAGAUGGGUUGUCAACUUCUUGAGAGUGACGAGUAUGGAUCCGAUGACACCGAAAGCAGCAUCAAUGAGGAUGACGAGGAGGAGGAGGAGGAGGAGGAGGAGGGUGAAGAAGAAUACGGGGAAGAACCAGGAGAAGGUCUUCGUCAGAUGAUAUAUUACGAAGACUCGUCGUCUGAAUUGGAUUCCGACGCCAUUGAAGAGUUCAAUGCCGCUGGUUUUGAUUACUAUAACCCACCAACCAGUGAUAGUAAUCACCCUAUCAGACGUAUGACAAGAGAGCAACGCGAGCUGUGUUACCAAAGAAUUUUUGAAGGGUCUGAAGACGAGGAUCUAAUGGUUUCCAUUAUGGCAGAGAAGUACAGAUAUCGAUUCCUCACUCGACACGCCAAUAAGAUAGGAGUUUUGGUGGGACGUCUCACUCAUUUCACUGCUAUUGCUCUAGUUGGUCAAGAUUGGGCUGGUGAGGGUAUUGUCUAUGAGAGGUCUAGGGGUCCAUUUGAUGGUCGUUUAUUCGACCCUGAGACUGUGGACGUUUUUGUGGAAAAUAUCACCAGUGGAUAUCUUAUGGGAGAAGUUGCGAAUGCCAUGGAUCACGAAUUUGGAACUCCCGAUCAUGAUGGAGGUUAUCUUGAGGAUGAAGCUGAGUAUUUUCGAAAAUAUGGCCCUCACGUCGAUUGUCGUUUGUUCAAUAGACCUCACAACUUCUUCAGAAUGUUCAGGUUCCGCAGAGCCGCCGCUGAUGGCAGGGUUCCUAUUUUGGCUGUUGGUAUCAAGCCCAUUAAUGACGAAGAAGGCGAUUCAGGAUUUCCUGAGACUGGUCUAGAUGGUAUGGGUGGUACUGUUGGUUUGGAGCAUCUCGAGGCAUUGGCUGAUGGUCGGAGAAGCCCGGAUAGCACUAUGGAUAUGCCUGUCCGCGUUUCUGCUUAUUCUUCCUGGGUCCGUGAAAGCCACCUAUCAUCUGAUGCUGAUGCUGCUGCUGCUGCUGCUUCUACUGCUCUUUCUGGCUCUCCUGCUACUUCUCCUAUUGGAUCUGCUUCCGCUCCUGGUUCUGGUUCUGAUGCCGGUUCUGAUGCUGACGCCGAUGACUUCCUCUUGGAGUUCACUUCUGAGAAUGCAAUUUUCAAAACUUUGUUGGAUGAGCUUCGUGAAACGACCGCAAAAGAGCUUUGUGACGACCCUGAGGUGCGAGCUGCCGAAUCUCGCAAAGAUUCCAGAAUUUACGUCAUUGCCAGUGUUCGUGAUUAUCAGCGCGUGGAAGACGACGACCCGGAUUACAACCAGGAAACUGACGACGAAGAGGCCGGCCCGAGUUGCCAACCAUCCUCAUCCACAUCCGAUUCUGAAGAGGGAGGCAGAAGAUGGGCUGUUCACAUCAUUGCUGGCAUGUUUGAUUUGGACCACCCCAUUAUCAGUCGACGCGAGCGAGUCGUUGACGUUCCUUCCUUCGCAGAGCUAGUGGAUUUGGACGGCUACCUCGAUCACGUCGACAAUUGCAUUGUUAGCCAGCGCGAUCUUGGUCUUGCAUACAACACUUUUGUUCUCGGAGAGACUCCUGACACUAAGGAAGUUUGCCACAUUUGUUUGGAUGGCUACACCGCUGGCCAAGAGUGUCGUAGGCUCCGCAGAUGCAAACACGUCUUCCACAAGACCUGCAUUGACAGCUGGCUCCUAGGUUCACGAAACACUUGUCCCUUCUGUCGUGGCCAAGGAGUCAAGCGUGCACCCACAUCCUGGUUCAGCAGUGGCUCGUCCGACGAGGAGCUGGAAUUCUCCGACGACUAG